CAGUGUUUUUUUGGCCAGAAGUUGAUGUACACGUCAGAGUGCAAGCCUUGUACUGGUGAGCGGACGUGUGCGAUGACCUCAGCAGUUUGUGCGCAUCAGCUGACGCUGGCAGACACCGGAAGACAUGCAACGGAAGGUGGAGAUGCCGAUCAGCGAAGGGUUCUCCAUCGCUGGCCCCUCAUCGACUCCCCGGAAGCGGCAGGUGCGUUUCUCUGCCCGCCACGACAUCCUGCUCCUGCGUGAAGUCAUAGCUCAGAACCCGUUCACCUCCAAGGAGUCAGGACGGAUCUGGGCUCGGGUGGGCGAGAUCGUUACGGCGGCACUGCAGGACGAGAACUUCGAGGUGGAUGGACGAAGAUGCAGGGAGAGAACCAUGCUGCUGUUGGACUACUACAAAAAGCAGGACUUUCCCAGCCUGCGCAGGUUCGGCACAGAGAGGCUGUAUGCUCAGAAGGAGGAUCUUCUGCACGAAGUUCUGGAGCUCGAGGCAGAGAAGAACCUGAUGGCAAGUGGUGAAGGGAAAUACCAGGAUGGGGAGAUGAAGAAGAGAACGCUGGAGGAGCUCACACUGCCCGAGCCGGACAAACCCACUGUGCUUCCAGUCGCAGCAGCGGCGCCUACAGUGUCUGGUUCUUUGGAGCCAGAGGAACAGGAGGACCUGGUGGAACUGUCUGCACCCACAGCCAAGCGGCCAUGCCAGUGCUGCUGCCAGACGUACUCGGAGAUCCUGAGCUUCCUGGAGAAACGCUCGGAAGCCGAACAACGGCUGCGCGAAGAGGAGAUGGCGCUCCGCAGGGAAGAGCUCGAGAUCCAGAGGAGUAAAAUCGCUUUGGAACGCGAACGACUCGGUGCUGAGAGGAAGGAGCGUGAGCGGCGCUUUGAGCUGGAGAGCCAGGAGAGGCAGGUCAUCCUCGAUCUGCUCAAGGAGAAAGUUCUCAAGAGCGAGAAGAACACCGAGUGUUGACUUUCCUAAACACAACCCACUGCAUACAGCACUGCUAGUUUGGACUCGUUUUGCUAACCUGUUGCUACCUUUUCUCCCCCCAUUUUGUAUUUGUUGUAGAAUUAAUUCUAACAAGUAAAAGCUGUUCGGAAAAUACAUAAAAAGAUGGGACAUUCUACGUGGACAACGGAUUGUACUGUAGUAUCUAGCUAACAGCUCUAGCUAGUUAAUUGGAUAAUAUUAAUUUAGGGAUUGUAGCACUGUAGUAAAGGCCGUAUCCGAAACACUAGCACUCCAGGUCAGGGCAAAAAUAUCUCCUCAUCAUCAUACAAGAUCACAUUUCUAGCAUAUAUAGAUUUACUAAGAAACUGGCAGCUACACAACAGUGAGAAUAAAUAAUAAUAAUAAUAAUAAUAAUAAUAAUAAUAAUAAUAAUAAUAAUAAUAAUAAUAAUAAAGAAAAACAAUUAUUUAAGACUAAAAACUAAAAUUAAAUUUAAAAAAAUUACAAUUUAAUAAGAAUUCAGCAUAAAAUUUUAACAUUAUAUCAACUGCAUCAAAUUAAUGACGUAUUAUGAUUUUUUAAAAAAUUAGCCGUGAAAUCUCAGAAAAAUGUAACAUAGAAUUUAUCACCGUUGCCCUGCUUGAGAUUUUAUUUCAAUUCUAAACAAAACAUUGUUGCUAAAACUAUACAAAUUACUAAUCUUGAGGAGCUGCUAAAGUCGCUAGUAUUUCAGGAAGCUAAACACAUACAUCCUCCGGCUAGAGGCUGCAGUGAGCAUAGCUACGUUUCCGUUUUAUUAUAUCAUCCAGCCGCUCAGAUGCUCCAUCUGUGAUCCGGCUCUCCAUUAAACAUAGAAACAUAGAGCGCGAGCGAGCAGAUAACAUAGUUCGAAUGGAACCUAAAUCCCAACGUGUUUUCAGUUUUUCCUCUGAGGCGUAACGACGUUUUAGUAAAACCUCAGCGUGAAGUUAACACUAAAAAACGAACAGCUUUACACGUUAACUGAUAGAACCGAGUUGGUUUAUUUAGUGUUUAGCAGUAAAUCUUUAGCUAGCAUUUUGCUCUGGAAAAUUUUAGCUAGCUAUGCUAACCACAGCGAAGUAACAACCUUGCACUAUUUUAUCAUAACACUUUGAUUUUUUUUUUAUUAUUAUUAUUAUUAUUAUUAUUUUAAGCCAGAAGAGUGUUGUAUUAAAGUUUAAACACUUGUAGCAGAAGGAUAAACAGAAUUAUGAAGAAAAAUUGCUAGAAACUAAUAAAGGGGGGGGCACUUACUUUUGCCCGACUGUGAAGCAAUCUGUGACGCCUAAAAAUGUGUGAAGUUUCUAUAAAAUCCUGUAUGUUUCAUUUUAAGACAAAUGGAAAGAUUCAAUGGAUCGCGUCAGCUGGUGAAACUCUUUAGCGCUACUGUAUGCUAUCAGUCAUUGUCGUGCACCUUCUCAGCUGCUAGCGUCACUCCUGUCCUUCCUGACAGGCAUUUUAUUUCUCUCACAGCCUUUAUGGUACAAAGACAUGAGCGAAUCUGGGUCAGAAAGGGCGGAGCUCAAGUUUUUUUUUUUUUAGCUAGCUCUAAAGGUAUUUCUCUUCCCAUCACCAUUGUCCUAGCGUUAGCUAGGCUAGUUCAUGUAAAAUACCAUCUAGCAUUAACGUCAAGCAGGUUUUCUAGAAAUCUAGAAAUCUAGCUAAAUCUAAGUGAGCUGUUUUUUUAAACUAGUUUACUAGCACAUUAUUAUAAUGUUAUGCUAACACUUUGGUCGGGUACAUAAUAUCAAUAGCUUAGCUUGUUAGUGAGCUAGGAAUCACGAGGCUGAAUAUUUUAGAGUAAAAUUCAACUAGUUUUAUUUUAACAGAUCUUUUUUUAUUUGUUUAAUAUUAACAUUUCAAUUCUACAAUUGUAAGAAUAAUAUUUUUUUUAAAAAAUAUUUCGAGUCUGGUGAUGAUAAUCAAGAUUGUGAUUGGCUGAAUGAAUUAAACUUAAACUCCGCCCCUCUUUGACGCUAAUCAGACAAAUCAGAAAAAUUUUUUUACGUUGUUUGGUCAAUUUCCAUAGAAAUUCAAAUCCAGCUGUUACUGCAUGACGGAAAUGAUGUAAGGAUGUACAAUCACUAUUUUUUUGUUUUGUUUUGGAAGCUGCUGUAGACAUGACGUUUGUCGGAUUUCCUGUACAGUAAUACGUUUGUCGUGAAAUGACGCAGAAGCGGCGCCCUGUAUCUCAUAGCCGAGUCUUCGUUAAGAGACGAAGAUAAUUACCUGAUGUUUACGUUACGUCUAACAUUGAUCAAGUGCUGCCAUUUUGUGUUAUUGUUGCACUCAUAGAGUUGAAGCGACUUCCUGGUGAGAAACAGCUGUUAAUAUUAACAGUGACAUCCCAGGACUUAGCUUGGAGGUAUUUUUAGCGAUAUUAUUUUUGCUAAAUGAAACUAGAAUGAUGCUACUGAAAUGUAAUAUGAUAUUGAAUGAUUUGGAUUACACAGCUUUAUAUUGGGAAAUAAAAGUUUGAAUAGUU